CCAAAGACAUUUGAUUUUCACAAGAUGAAACCUGGCUCCAUUGCUAAAGCAUUCUCCGGUUGUGAGUCAAUUGAUCAGCCAUAGAUUAUUGUCUGGUUCAUCAAUAAUAUUGUCUCCCUGUCAGUAAUGAACCUGACGUAUUCAAAGAACCGGACAUUUGGAUCUGCCGAUCACAACUCCAAAUCACACACAAUAUCCAAACUGACCAUUGAAAGCAGGGUUAGAGAUGAGGAACUCAGUGAUGGCACUACUAUCAGGGUGUCCUCUCUGAGCCUGGUUGACCUGGCUGGGUCAGAGCGUGUAAGUGCAACAGGUGCCACGGGUGAGCAGUUUUGGGACAAGCUGAUACAGUAGCCAAUCAAGUAAAACAUCCCGUUGCUUUUUUGAUGAAGAUCAUAUCAAAUUAAGUUAUCAGAGUGAACCGUGACAACCAACCUGUAUGUCGUUUCUGAAGUACUACUCUUUCAGUGUUUACAUUGGAGCAUUUUUCCCAUACCUCGAUUUACAAGCUGACCAUUGAAAGCAGGGUUAGAGAUGAGGAACACAGUGGUGGCACUAUCAGGGUGUCCUCUCUGGUGAGUGGGUUGGGCAAGUGUGUGCCUACAGCUGUUAAUAAAUACUUGACUGAUCGACGUCUGCACUGCUCCCAGGGUACAUGCAUCUAUUUUAAUAUACAGGUUGGUUGUUCUGUUGAAGCUUUAUGACCACUUUGAGCAGCUAUAAUUAUAAGCACUGCAAUAAUUAUGUCCCUGGUAAUCUGCUCUUUCAGUGUCUAUAUACUAAUUAUUA